AUGGAGAUUGCUAUCAAAAACAAACUGGACGCUCUAAUGGCAAGAGCGCAGGAAAGGCAAAGGAGGUAUGAAAUUCUCAAGUUUGAUAGACCGUGGUGCGAAAUGGUGGAGGAACCAGAAAUAUGCGAGGAUAUACUCGAUGACUUGACCACGGGAGUGGAGACAGAGGAUGACACACGACAUUUUAAACACGUGAUGGCUACCGUUCUUGAUGAGUUAAAGUCGAAAAUACCCGUUCUUCAAGAACAAGAGACGACCUCGUUAAAGAAAGAUGCUUCAAUGAAAGACACAAACGCUGAUAUAAAGAAGACAGAUAAUACUUCUAGUGUCGUCACUCGUAGAACAUUUUUCCAGAACAUGAAGAAAAGGCUCCGCAAGAUGUUCUUCAGUUGUUGUAUGAAGCAAAAGGAGAAGACUGUGAUACUUGUUAAAUAUCUGUUCCUGUCUUUCGAAUUUGAACGUUUU